UGGCAACUAAUUCAUCGAUGUUUAAGGAGAAGGGCUCUCUUCAGUUUGAGGACGUGUGGCCACAGAUGAGACCAGUGAUACUUAAACUGUUGAGACAGGAAAAUGUGACCCGAAGUGAAUGGCAGGACUUGUUUUGGAAUGUCCAUUCAGUGUGUCUUUGGGACGAAAAGGGUGCCAACAAAUUGCAUAUUACUCUCAAAGAUGAUAUCCUAGACUUCAUUCAUACACAACAAAUGGACGUUAUGCGACACCACGAAGACCAGGCUUUACUCAAAGCUUACAUAAAUUCAUGGAAAAAGUUUUUUAGUCAGUGCUCAUACCUACCCAUGCCUUUCAAUCAAUUAGAACAGGCAUUGCUGAACAAACCACCCGCUAAUAGUACACAGAAAAAGAUCAAUAAUGAGGAAAGCAUUGUUAGAAAGUUAAUGUUAGACAGUUGGAAUGCCAGUAUAUUUUCUAAUAUAAAACAUAGACUACAGAACAGUGCCAUGAAAUUAGUUCACUCGGAGCGCACCGGAGAAGCAUUUGACUCUCAAUUAGUGAUAGGCGUACGCGAGUCUUAUGUCAAUCUGUGCUCAAAUCCAUCCGAUAGACUUCAAAUUUAUAGAGACAACUUCGAGAAGGCCUAUCUCGAGGCUACCGAAGCCUUCUAUCGCACCAAAGCGCCUGAAUAUCUCGAAGCCAAUGGUGUUCAGAGUUAUAUGUAUUGGGCAGACAUGAAGCUCAUGGAAGAAGAACAAAGAGCUUCUCGUUAUUUGGAGUCAUAUCCCGGUUCUUCACAAACGCGUUUGGACUGUUGUGUUAAAGUAUUAAUUACUGCAUUUAAAGAUAUUAUAAUAGCUGAAUGUCCGCUAAUGAUUAAAUUCAAUGAUACUGUCAAGUUGCAGCUAAUGUUCAGACUUCUUGAUAGAGUUGCCGAUGGAAUAGUACCAAUGCUUCAGUUUUUGGAAAGCCAUAUCAUUGAACAAGGAUUGGCUGAUAUGAUGGCAUCGGCAGAGAUUAUAACUCAAGAUUCAGAAAAAUAUAUUGAACAGCUUUUAGAGUUGUUUAGACGGUUUAGUCGUUUAGUUAACGAAGCUUUUAAUGAUGACCCGAGAUUUCUGACCGCAAGAGAUAAAGCCUUUAAACAAGUUGUAAACGACACAUCAGUAUUCCGUUUGGAGCUUCCGACCCGACAAAAGAUUUUAACUGCAAAUUCAAAUAAAGUUCAACCCGAGUCUCGAUGUCCUGAAUUAUUAGCCAAUUACUGUGAUAUGUUGCUCAGGAAGACACCUAUUAGUCGAAAACUAACUUCAGAUGAAAUUGAAGCCAAACUUAAAGAAGUGUUACUUGUAUUGAAAUACGUCCAAAACAAAGAUGUCUUUAUGCGCUACCAUAAGGCACAUCUAACACGACGUCUUAUAUUAGAUUCAAGCGCUGACAGUGAGAAAGAGGAAAAUAUGGUUGAAUGGCUCCGGGAUGUCGGAAUGCCAGCCGAAUAUGUAAACAAAUUGGGCCGAAUGUUUCAAGAUAUUAAAGUGAGCGAAGAUCUAAAUCAACAGUUCAAGAAUGCUAAUCGAUUGAGCCAUCAUUUGACUGAUUCAAUAAAUAUAAAGAUAUUAAAUGCCGGCGCCUGGGCUCGGGGUAGCGAAAGAGUUCAGGUCUCACUUCCCAUCGAAAUGGAAGAUAUCAUACCAGAAGUCGAAGAGUUUUAUCGUAAACAACAUAAUGGCCGUAAACUUCAAUGGUAUCAUCAUAUGUCUAAUGGAACCCUAACCUUCGACAACAAUAUUGGAAAAUUUGAUUUAGAUGUGACUACUUUUCAAAUGGCUGUCCUAUUUGUUUGGAAUGACCGGCCAUUUGAUAGAAUUAGUUUUGAAAAUCUUCGUUUGGCGACUGAAUUACCUGAUCCUGAGCUCAGAAAAACAUUAUGGUCUUUAAUAGCGUUUCCAAAACUCAAACGCCAAGUACUUCUCUGUGAGUCUGAUGUUAAAUCAAUCAAAGACUUUGACGACAGUACUAUAUUUAGCAUUAAUCAAGAAUUUGCAGUCAUUAAGAAUGGCAAACCUCAGAGGAGGGGUAAAGUUAAUCUCAUCGGACGCUUACAGUUGGCCACUGAAAAGUCACGAGAAGAGGAUAAUGAAAGUAUAGUUCAAUUGCGAAUACUACGGACACAGGAGGCUAUUGUGACGAUAAUGAAAAUGAGGAAAAGGAUGACAAACGCACAGUUGCAGACAGAACUCGUAGAAAUACUUAAGAAUAUGUUUCUUCCGUCAAAGAAGAUGAUCAAAGAACAGAUUGAAUGGCUUAUUGAACACCGAUAUAUGAGACGCGAUGACGACAAUAUCGGUGUCUUUAUAUAUAUGGCAUAA